GUUUUUUUUCCCCAAACGCCAAAGAGAGAGAGAGAGAGAGAGAGAGAGAGAGAGAGUGAAAAUGGCGAUCGCGGUGCUCGCUCGAAGAGCCAUUACGCGAUCUCGCUUCUCUUCUCCGAGCUUUUUGAGGGUCCUCGCCUCUUCCCCAAUCUCUCCCUUCUUAAGGGUUUCUGAAUGGAGCUUCUCCCAAUCGAUCUCCAGGCUUCCUAUAGAGUUGGAUUGUGCACGGUCCUUGAUGCUGCUUCGUAACGCUAGUAAUUCUGCUGUGGAGAGGAUUGAUGGCGAAUUCGAUCAGGAUCCAAACUCGCGCAAGAGAGGCGAGGGUGUAGAAGCUUUUGGGAGAAUCUCAAAUGAUCAUCGUGGUUACGGUAAUGUAGGAAAUAUACAGCCUCAUCAUCACCCAACCGGGUUCAAUAAAGAGAAGAAUACAGGGGUUCAACUAGUGCAAAAUGGGAAUUACGGAUAUAAUGGCGGACAACAUUAUCAAACUGCAAAUAGUUACUACAAUUCCAGUAGCAACGUCCCAAAUAACCAACAAUCAAUUAAUAGAGAGAGAUCCACUAAUGGGUAUAGUGGAAAUUAUCAAGAACAAACAUAUUGGGGUACUCAUGGAUAUAACAGAGAGAACCCGAGAAGUGUUAUUCCAAAUCACCGACAAUCAUUUAGCGGAGAAAACACUGAUGGUAGGCAUUAUGGUUGUAAUCAUGGACAACCAUAUGAAAAUCCUGAUGGAAAUAAUGGAAAUAACCCUAGUAACCAGCCUAGUUUUAGUGGAGAGAGAACUAUUGAUACUUAUGAGAGAUCUGAAACUUUUUAUUCAGAAAAGCCUUCUGUUUUCCAAUAUAACUACCAAGCUGGGUUUCAAACAGCAACCACUGGCCAGCCUUAUCAUAAUCAAAGUGGAGCUUAUAAAGAGAACAAUGCAGGAUUUGAUCAAGGCCCUAAUGUGAAAUAUGGUGAUAAUACAGGAAAUACCUAUCCAAAUCCAAAUAUAUACAACAGUACGAAACCAAGAGGUGAUAUACCAAGUAACCAACUAGGCUUCUCUGGAGAGACGACUACAGAUAUCUACCAGAGUCCUCAGGAGCCAACUUGGUGUAAUGGCGUGAAUCCUCUACCAGCCCAGCAGAAUAAUAUUCCAUUUCAGAGUGGGAUUGAUUAUCCUCUGCCGAUGGCUACUAGCCAAACUAAUGAGAUGUCAUUUUCUGGUGGAUCUCCGGAAAAUGUUGAAACUAGUGGUUAUAAAGGUACUGUUGAUGAACUGGAUGAGUUCUGCAAAGACAACAAAGUGAAAGAAGCCGUAGAAGUUCUGGACUUGUUAGAAAAAAACGGCGUAGUCGUGGACCUCCCUAGGUAUUUCCGGUUGAUGCAAGCAUGCGGUGAAGCUUCUUCUCUUGAGGAAGCGAAAAAAAUCCAUGAUCACAUUUCACGAAUAAUGGUCAAUGUUGAAGUCGGUGUUCACAACAAAAUUUUAGAAAUGUACACAAAGUGUGGAUCGAUGGAUGAUGCGAUAAAGCUAUUCGAGAGUAUGCCUCAGAGGAAUUUAACUUCUUGGGAUACGAUGAUAUUGGGUUUUGCUAAUAAUGGUCUUGGUGAGGAAGCGCUUGAUCUUUUUAGUGAGUUUAAGCAGUUGGGACUUAAGCCGGACAGUUACAUGUUUGUCAAUGUCUUCUUUGCAUGUGGAGUUCUAGGAGCAGUUGACGAGGGAAUGCUACAUUUUGAAUCAAUGCAAAAGGAUUUUGGCAUCAACCCUAAGAUAGAACACUAUGUGAGCAUUGUAGAUAUGCUUGGACGAUCGGGGUAUUUGGAAGAAGCCCUAGAAUUCAUUGAACAAAUGCCUGUCGAACCAAGUGUUGAUGUUUGGGAAACUUUAAUGAACCUUUGUCGGGUUAAUGGUAAUUUGGAACUUGGGGAUAGAUGUGCUGAGAUCGUUGAGCGCUUGGACCCUUCCAAAUUAAACGAACAGGCUAAAUUGGGUCUUUUACCUGUCAAAGCUUCGGACCUUGCGAAGGAGAAAGAGAGGAAAAAGGCCAAUCUUCUUGAGGUUAGAAAUAGGGUUCACGAGUAUAGGGCGGGCGAUCGAUCCCAUCCUGAACAUGAGAAGAUUUAUCACCAAUUGAGGUGUUUGUCAGCUCAAAUGAAAGAGGCCGGUUAUAUUCCAGAUACCCGAUUCGUUCUGCAUGACAUUGACCAAGAGUCAAAAGAGGAAGCUUUGCUAGCUCACAGUGAGAGAUUGGCUAUCGGUUACGGUCUUAUGACUAGUGGUGCCCGUUCGCCUAUCCGAAUUAUUAAAAACCUUCGUGCAUGUGGAGAUUGCCACACUGCUUUGAAGAUAAUCUCAAAACUUGUUGGCCGACAACUCAUUGUGCGGGAUGCGAAGAGGUUUCACCAUUUUGAGAAUGGGGUAUGCUCUUGCAAGGACUAUUGGUGAAGCAACAGCUUUCAACAUGCAGAGCUUGUUUGUCCGAGCAGAAGGUUGUUCAUCCUAAUGAAUCUGAGGUUCAGUUUUGUCAACUAGAAAUCUUUUCUUCACACACAAUUAUUGUUUAUGCCAUCAUGAUUAUGUAAAUUGGAAGAAAGGCUGGAUCAUUAAGCUCACAACAUCGGAUUUUCAAUCAUAUUUUGAGAAGUUGCUUACGGAAGUCUGACCAAGCUCAAAGUUUAUCUUUGGAGGCAACGGACCGUUGGUGUUAGCUUCUGAUUUUAUAAUUUAGUAACUUACAUAGUGUAGUUUCAUCUUGAACUCAUGUAUACCCAUGUGUUUUACCAGGGCAUAAGAAUGUCUCCUGAAUAAUCUUUUUUUUUCUUUUUUUUUUUUACCUUAUGGUAGUGAUUAUAGCAGUUUUGGUAAACUUAGUGCAUGUAAUUUUGAGAAUACAAGUUUGAUGCACUAUGCAUGGUUCGGUUAGUGCGGAAUGUUGAUCUCUUCCUAAGGACAAAUUUCUAGCUAGCUUGAGCCAAUUAAUAGGUUUUGUUUGGUAACAGCUUACAUAUUUAAUAAAUGUAUCAAACUCCGAGUCGUUUGUGCCCCGAGAAGUUUCCUUUAUUUUUUUUUAUUUUGUCAUUUCUCUUAAGAAUGUCUUCAAAUCUUGGCUUGUGAAGUACUUGGACAAUUUUACGUCGUAUGACUAUGAACUUCAAGCACGUGCAUUAGCAUUCAAA